AUGCAAAAUGUAGUUUCAUUUUAUGUUACACUACGUGACCCGUGCAACGAAUCAGUCCUGAUUGAAGGGGUCCUCUUCAGGGCCAACUACCUCGGCUCCACGCAACUGAUCUCUGAAGGUCAACCCUCGAAGGCCAUGAGGAUGAUGCAGGCACAAGAGGCUGUCGGCAGGAUCAAGGCACCUCUCGGCGAAUCACAACCUGCCACUGAGGUUGACCUGUUUGUCUCCAUUGAGAAGAUCAUGGUACUCAACACGAAUCUUCAAGAAAUAAUGAUGGACCAUGCACUGCGCACGAUCUCGUACAUAGCGGACAUUGGCGAUUUGUUGGUCAUCAUGGCUCGUAGGGGCUCCACAAUUCGAAACGUCGGUCCAACAGGUCAAAAGAAGACGCAGACGAAAAUAUGCUGUCACGUGUUUGAAUCUGAUGAGGCGCAACUGAUAGCUCAGUCAAUAGGACAGGCAUUCCAGGUAUCGUAUGUUGAAUUUUUGAAAGCAAAUGGAAUCGACGAGGGAACGAACAUGAUGAAGAAUGUUGAUUACCAGGAUGUGUUGAAUCAGCAGGAAGUCUAUGGAGAGGAGUUGUACAUGUUCUCUAACAAGGAUAUGCAAAGAGAGGUUAUACUUACCAAGUCUAAGGGAGAGCCUCUGGGUGUGGUCAUAGUUGAAUCAGGGUGGGGGAGCAUGGUGCCGACUGUGGUGCUGGCCAACAUGUUACCUACUGGGCCUGCUGCUAGGUGCAAUUCUUUAAACAUUGGAGACCAGAUCAUAUCCAUCAAUGGCAUUUCACUUGUUGGUCUGCCUCUCUCCACCUGCCAGAGUUACAUCAAGGCAGCUAAGCAUCGUUCCACCGUAAAGUUGGCUGUCGUGUCGUGUCCACCUGUUGUUGAAGUUCUCAUCAAAAGACCGGAUAUCAAGUAUCAGCUGGGCUUCAGUGUUCAAGAUGGAGUCAUUUGUAGUCUUCUGAGAGGAGGCAUAGCGGAGAGAGGUGGGGUGAGGGUGGGUCACCGAAUUAUUGAAAUCAAUGGACAGAGUGUUGUGGCAGUGCCCCAUGAAAAAAUUGUAAACACGUUAGCCCGGUCGGCCGGAGAGAUUCACAUGAAAACAAUGCCUACAUCGAUUUUUCGACUGCUAACUGGCCAAAUAAUACCUCAUUAUAUUUAGACAUUUACAACACGAAACUCAACAGUUCCAUUGAUGCAUGGUUGCAUUUGUCUUGCAAUUUUGUUCAAUUUUAAAAUUUAUAAAUAUUAUUUAUUUACAAUAUACAAAUAUAUGUAUAUUUGA